AUGAGUAAAAAUAAUGUGACUGAGUUAAUUAUCGUCGGUCUUUUCCAGGACCCAGGGGUGCAGAGGGUGUGCUUCGUGCUGUUUCUUCCUGUGUACCUGGCCACCGUUGUGGGCAAUGGUCUCAUUGUUGUGACAGUCAACCUCAGUAAAAGUCUAAAUUCCCCUAUGUACUUCUUCCUUAACUACCUGUCACUGGUGGAGAUCAUUUAUGCUUCCACGAUUGUCCCAAAGUUCAUCACAGACUUACUUGCCAAGAUCAAAACCAUCUCCCUCAAGGGCUGCCUGACUCAGAUAUUCUUCUCCCACUUCUUCGGAGUUACGGAGAUCUUCCUGCUCAUGUUCAUGGCCUAUGAUCGCUAUGUGGCCAUCUGCAAACCCCUUCACUACACAACCAUCAUGAGCCGACUUGUGUGUCGCCUUCUGGUGGCCAGCUCCUGGCUGGGGGGCUUGGUUCACUCCAUGAUUCAAAUCUUUGUCACUAUCCAGUUACCUUUCUGUGGCCCCAAUGUGAUCGACCACUACUUCUGUGACCUCCAGCCACUAUUCAAGAUUGCCUGCACUGAUACCUCCGUGGAGGAUGUUAUUGUGUUUGCCAACAGUGGAUUAUUUUCUAUCUUCUCCUUUCUCCUCUUGGUGGCCUCUUACAUUGUCAUCUUGGUCAACUUGCGGAAGCAUUCAGCCGAGGGAAGGCGCAAAGCCCUCUCCACCUGUGCUUCUCACAUCAUGGUGGUCAUCUUGUUUUUUGGACCUGGCAUCUUCCUCUAUAUUCGACCUUCUGCCACCUCCACUGAGGACAAAUUGAUGGCUGUGUUCUACACGGUCAUCACCCCCAUGCUGAACCCCAUCGUCUAUACACUCAGAAAUAAAGAGGUGAAAAUUGCUAUGAAAAAGUUGUGGUGUAGAAAGGUGUGUUCAGGGGUAUAA